CUCACUCUAUAAUUUUUGUAAGUAAAAAUAGACUGGGACACAGAUGUUCAUUAUUACCUCGCUGGUUUGAAUUUUAUGCCUUUAUAAUGUUAUAUGUAUAUAAAGUAUCUUUUCUGUUUUCUCAAACAUAUAUAAAGAAUCUUUUAAACAAUUCUUCUGAAAAUAUACUUUUAAUGAAAAUUUAUGGUUUAAGCUGAAUGCUGAGUUUUCCUUAGGGGCCUUCACGUUGACUAGGGUUAUUUUCCCCAUUAGCCUCAGUUUUAAGAAUCAGUACUAAAGGCAAUAAAUGUACUUAUUACUGGCAUCUCUGCCUCGCUUGCCCUGAGCUUGUGACUUGCGCUUGAUUUUAGCAAGUUCCCUGUUUAACUCCUUCUCCUGAAGCAGGUUUUUGCGGAACUGCUGAGCCUUGGCAGUGGGCGCCUUUGAGGCUUAGAGGGGCCUCAGGAUUCUGUCGCCAGCUGCCAUGCCUUCUUCUUUUGAAGCACCAUGACAGUCAGCAGAGAAGAUCCUGGGGGGCUUCUGAACCCCGAAGGCACCUGCUACCACCGCUCAGUGAAAAUUGCUUCAGAUGCAGAAGCAGGUUUCCAAGCAACAAUCAGUGCUCCACACAUGCAUGCAUAUGCGCUAGAACUUCUAUUUGAUCAGCUGCAUGAUGGAGCCAAAGCUCUGGAUGUAGGAUCUGGAAGUGGAAUCCUCACUGCAUGUUUUGCACGUAUGGUUGGAGCUAGUGGAAAAGUCGUAGGAAUUGACCACAUUAAAGAGCUAGUAGACGACUCAAUAAAUAAUGUCAGAAAGGAUGACCCAACACUUUUGUCUUCAGGGAGAGUGCAGCUGAUUGUGGGGGAUGGAAGAAUGGGAUAUGCCGAAGAAGCCCCUUAUGAUGCUAUUCACGUAGGCGCUGCAGCCCCAGUUGUGCCCCAGGCACUGAUAGACCAGUUAAAGCCUGGCGGAAGGCUGAUACUGCCCGUCGGCCCCGCGGGAGGAAAUCAGAUGCUGGAGCAGUAUGACAAGCUGCAAGACGGGAGUGUCAAAAUGAAGCCUCUGAUGGGAGUGAUCUACGUGCCUUUGACAGAUAAAGAGAAGCAGUGGUCCAGUUGCUGGUACAGUGCUACACCUGGCUGAGCGAAUGGUUUCUUUUGGAGCUGAUAAAGCUGCCUUAUGAAAUCAGCUGACAGGGACGAACUGUAAAAGCAACAUCAGCUUGACCAGUAUAUAAUAUUACAAUGGAUUGCUCAUCUCAGUCCUCAAAGCUUUUGAAAACCAACAGCAUCACAGCUUUUUUUGGACUUGGUUACACUCUUUUCUUAGCAUGAAAAUGUGUGGUUUUGUAGGGUUUUUAAUUCUUCAGAGGCACAAAAGCCAAUUGGUAGAGGAAGGAUGCAAAGUAUACAUGUGUUCUUUCUUUAACAUGCCCACAUUUUACUCUAAAAUAUUUAACAAAGGGGUUCUGCAAAAUGGGAAACUUAGUUUGUGAAUUGAUUUGGAAGAGUGGUUUUUCUUUUCUUAGACAAUUAAUUCUGUUCCAGUGUUAAUUUUUCAGGUUGCUUUUGUGUGUCAGAUAACACCACCAUUCACAAGUUAAAAUUCUUGAUUUUUGGAUGUCUGUUAAAUGCUACUGAGAAAAUAGAGAUGAGCUUCCUUUUUAAAGCUUUUGAUGUGGUGUCAUAGAAUAGCAUGUUGUAGAUACAAUCAGCUGCUUUGUUACCUUAAAACUAAGCAAUUGUAAAUAUUAAAAUUUAAGAAGGUGGAAAGUGAUGUCCCUUAACACUCAGCAGUUCAGAUUGGACAUAACUGACCUAGUUCUUCCUUUCUCUCUUUAAAAAUUAUAGACUUAUAGCUUAGUAUUAUUUCUUCUGUUUCUAAUUUGCUGCUGAUAAUGUAUAUGAAUUUAACAUGCUGUGUAAGCUGUGUCCUGGUUACUGAACAGUUUAUGCAGUGCUGCUUUGCCAAAUAAAGUUAAAAGUAAAAGAGGCA